AUGGUGAGCGGCGAUCGAAAGCUCCGCGCGGCAUGCGACCGCUGCCACGAACUCAAGAACCGGUGCACUCGCACUGGUGGGCCUGACAGUCGGUGCGACCGGUGUGAGAGACUCAAUAUUGACUGCGUGUACAGCACCACUGGGCGCAUGGGCCGUCCCCGAGUGUCUGAGAACCAGAAGGGAGUCACGUCCGACAGUCAUAGUCAUGCGAGACACUCUAAACGACGGGCCUUCCAGCCCGGGAAGCAGCGUGGUGCUACUGCAGUGCCGCUUCCUGUUGAUCCUAAUGAUCCAGUUUGUACAGACGCAGCUGCAGCUGCACACAAUAUAUCUGGCUGUGCCAGUCCUAGAAGUGGCCCUGAUAGUGGUCGUGGUCCGGGUGGUCACGGCAAUCUCGAACCAGUGUUCGGGCUACCUCUUCUCUUCCCCGAAGUGAUACCCGGCGACAAUCUGAACUGGAACCUAGGCAUAAACGGACAUGCACACCAAGAACAUCAUCAAGCCCAGAACCCGCAAAAUCAAUCCAAGGCGGUUUCCGAUUUCUCUGACUCCGGCCUGGGGACGUCAGAACAAGGGACAGCCUCUACUGCUAGGAUCACCAGUGCAGACGAGCUCCUACGGCUGCAGUCUCACCUGAGCAAUCUGUUAACAUGCGCGAGCGAAUCACCCAUAGGGCAAAAGCCGGCUCUUGACAAAGUCCUGAUGGCCUGCAAAGAACUGCUAGAGCUGCUCCCCGUCCCAGACUAUCGCCCUGGCUCAGACUACAGUACUGCAAGUAAUAGUGGGACUGAGACCGAAGUCUCAUUCGCCAUAGCCAGCGUCAAUGCUGGACAUCCCGAUUGCUGUCACGGCUUCGGUGAGCCGACUCAAAUAGGAGGAGGGCCGUUCGACCCACCGAGGAUAAACUACAUCACCGUAUUACAAGUCGCGACAUUGUACGCAUACGCCCUGCAGCUGCUGGACAUUGCCGUGGAUAAUCUCAAGACCCGCGCUGGGAAUCUGGCGCCCAUUAGCCUGGGUACUUUCAACCUUGCAUCUCAGCCAGCCAUGAGUACCUCUGUGGGUGCUUACAUGAUUUCUAGCAUGGUUCAUCAACUGCGUGAUGCUAUUAGUCUGUUGAUGCCUGGAUAUCAGCAUCAGAAGGGUUCUCCACCUCCGCAUAUAUUAUCACCACGAAGUGGCUUGGGGGCAGUGGCUGCGGCUGCGAACAAUUCGAUACAAGCUGCGGUGAAUAUGGUUUCUGAGAAGGAAGCAUCUUUACUUGAGAAAUCGGCACAGGUUAUGACCAAUCCGUAG